UUUAAUAUUUCAAGGAAAUAAUCAAAUUUUGAGUGACAUGCAUAUGUUUAUUUAACUAGUAAAUAAGUUUAUAUAUAUGCUAUUAGGCUGUAAAUAAUGAAAUAUUUUUUUUAUUUUUCAGAAACAAUGAUAAAAACUAUGGACAGCAGUAGUUCCGUCAUUAUUUUGUCUGUCGUGGUGCCAAUAAUUUUUUUUAUACUUUGUAUUAUUCUCUUUGCCUUCUGUUUUAUUUUUUGCAAGUGGCACCUUUUAUACCAUUUCUGUCAGGGCAAGAAAACAGAUAGAGGUACAAAUGAUUAUGACGUUUUGCUGUACAAGGACGACGAUCACGCGGGGGAGGCGAGCAGAUUGAGAGAGGAGUUGGAGUGUUUGAUGUACAACGUGUGUACACAAGAGGACAGUCACGGGGGUGGGGUGAUGCAGAGCUUACAGAAUUUAAUAGAUUCUAGUUCCUGUGUGAUCUUCUUCUGCAAUGAAAACGACAAACAUAUGGAUACAAUCCUUAGCAAAGCUCAAGAAAACAUCUCCGUGUUUGUGAUUCGGAAGAAGAGCGAGUCCAGAAAAACCAGUGAGCUACGCAACAAAUCAAUGGCUGCUUUUGAAGAACUUCAGUGGCCGUCACACCGAGAGAGUAAAUUUUUUUGUGUAACAUGGCGUAAAGACGAGUUCUAUUACAGACUAAGAUGUGGACUUCCCAGACCUAGACCAGACCAAAAUGAAGAAUAUGUACAAAACAAAAGUAAAAUGCGUGCUGACAUUCAAUGCUGGGAAAACGAAAUGAACAAAUUAUAGACUUUAUAAACUUAAUAUGCAAAUAAAGAACUAUAUAUUGCUUUUGAA